AUGGAAGAAUGUUCAGCAAUGUUGACAACAAAUGGAGGUGAUCCAGAUGUUGAAAGUUCACCACAACCAAAACCAGUUGAUUCAUCUGUCAGUUUUGUUUACAGUUGGAUGUUUUCUUUUAUUGCAUCAGUAUUUAAUAGUAUAUCUAUAAAUGAACAAACUGAACAAAGUCCAAAGUUUGAGUUUAUCGAAGACAAGGAAAAUACUUUUAUCAAAAAUAUUUCAACUAUCCACAAUAACCAAAAUAAUAAUAGUCAAGAUAAUAUAGUUUAUAAACAACCAAGAAAAACCAACUUUUUCUCACCAGCAACCAAGAGAAAGAAUGAUGAAAACAAUAACUUGGACAAUAAUGGUCAACAAUCCACUCUAGCGACAAAUCCAAUGGAUUUUUUUUCAAUUUACAAUCAAAGUUUAGUUUUACCAGCAUGUAAAAAGACAUUGAUCCUCGAUCUCGAUGAAACACUUGUUCAUUCAACCCUUACGCCAGUCAACCACCAUCACCUCACUGUCAAUGUUACAGUCGAGGACGUUGCUUGCACAUUUUAUGUUAUUAAGCGACCACAUGUCGAUUAUUUUCUCGAAAGAGUCGCCGAAUGGUAUGACAUUGUUGUCUUUACAGCCAGCAUGAAGGAAUAUGCUGAUCCAUUACUAGAUAAACUCGAUACAAACAGAUUAAUAAAACAUAGAUUAUUUAGAGAGUCAUGCUUGGAAAAAGAAGGAAAUUUUGUAAAAGAUCUUUCAUUAAUUCACCAAGAUUUAGCAACAACAAUUAUUGUAGAUAAUUCGCCACACGCAUAUUCAAACAAUGUCGAAAAUGCGUUACCAAUAGAUAAUUUUAUGGGUGAUAACCCCCUCGAUGAAUCUCUCCUCACUUUAUUACCAUUUUUAGAAGUUCUUCGAUAUGUCAACGAUGUUAGAUCAAUUCUUGGUCUUAGAUUAGCAAAUCACCAAAAACAAUGA